AUUGGUUUUCGAAAACGUGUCACAACUCCCAAAUCUCCCACUUCCAAUGACUUUUCCUGCUCAGUAUCAACUGAAAAACUUUCGGUGCAUGUCGAAAAUUCACAGCACUCUGAUAACUACAAAUUCAGUCCUUUUGCGUCUGUCAUGGGCAGAAAGUCCAAAAAGUCGCGUCCAACUUUAGCUAUUCCUGAUUCUCCAGUACCUUCCCUCGUUUCUACCCCUGCAGGCUAUUCGAACCCUCGUCAGUACACCAAUAGGCCUCCCGCCAAAUCUAUUUCAUCCACUGUCCGCUCCGGAGACGACUCCCUCGAACCUAGGACCCCGCCUGAUGUCCAGACAGAUCGUGUUUCAUUCCCUCGCUCGGUUUUCACACUAUCUGAUCCCGAUCCUUUCGCAUCAGGUGGUAUCUCUGUGCCGCGAAGCAUCUUAGACCGGGGUAGAAUCUCUGUCUACUCCGGCACUUCAGCACAUGAUGCAUUUUCAAAUAAAGACGAAGUCGAUUUUUUGCAGCAUCUAUCGCAUCUCUCGAUGUCCUCACAGUCUCACAGUGACAGUGACUAUGCGACACCAUCACUGGAAUCUACUGGGUUUUGUUUGUCUCCGAUAGCAGACGGCCGGGGCACAUCGCCUAGUAGAGAAAUGUCCAAGGGAAACGAGAUAAUAGGCGAUCAAAAAAUCCUAGAAAGCCCUGUGCAUUGCAGCUCUUUGAAUAAAUCCUCUAAGCCUCCGUUGUCAAAGCAUGGAUCUGCGGUAACCUUGACUGAUCAGAGUCAUAAAGGUCCCCCAGAUUUUCCUGCUGUGGCUGUGCGACCUACAAUUUAUCCAAGGGGUUAUGCGGCGCCUAGCCCGUUCCAGGGUGCGAGCACCGUGUCUCGGCCUCGAAAAAGAUCCACUCCUCCCUCUGCCGAAGUACAUGUUCGCUCUCGUACCCUCAGCCGCCAGCAAUCCACCUCUCGUCCUGCUCCAGCUUGUGAACUUCCCCCACCUCCUGCAAUGUCACAUGUCACAUCUAGCCCCGCGGACGACGGUGCCGAAGAUAAAUUUCCGUUAUCGGCGGAUGGGAGUUCUUCCGACAUAUCGUGUGCUUCAGCCAUUUGGCGGAUCCAAGACCUAGCGAUGGAUGAAAUUAAUGAUCAUCGUUAUCGACCAUAUAAAGAGAUCGACCUAGGCUUUGAUCGUGACUUCGAAACUCAGCGCCAACCGGUAAAGAAGUCGAGCCGCAUUCACGUCAAGGACGCUGUGGAAUCGUCUCCCCCACCGCUAGCUUCCCACCAGCUGAAGAAGUCUAUGUCGCAUUCAACCCUGCAAAAGGCUAAAUCAGGUUCCGGCGUUACGCAAGAAUUUUUUAGAGGAGACAAGGGAUUAAAAAAACAACACUCCUUCCAUCGUUCACGUGUCCACGCACCCCCUACAUCUACUCCAGCCUCCCCUUCCACACUUGAUCACGAUCCUUUAUCAGCUGAAAGCCGUAUACCACCGCUCCCACAUCCUCACACUGUCGUGCGAAAACGUAUUUUUUCAGGCUCCAGGAAACCGUCAACAACAUUGACAGAUGAAGAUUUGCGCUCGGUAUUCAGUCUUCCGACAGACGCAGGACGCUCCCACUUAGCAUCACCCAGAGCUGUUGUGUCCCUGCUCGACGAGCCUUCUUCAGAAUCGCUUGCAUCGGGUAUAGUAUGCCCUGCCGUGGAGUUUACCCCGCAAUAUAUCAUGUCCCCCGCAGAAAUGUUGAAGAUGGAGGCAAUCGUGCAGGGUGAAUUUGACGCAAAGUACGGAGAGGCUGUACGAAAUCCCCAGCGACCCACAUUUGCAUCGACGCCUAUGUAUGGUACCAUGUACAGGAAAGAAGGCCUGAAGACGACUCUGUCGUCUUUCCCGCGUUCGGCCCCCACUCGCAGCGUAUCGAAUGUUUCCAAAGGACCCACGCCUAGAUCAUUUCCACGUCCUUCCACGGCACAAACAGCUUCUUCGAUGUCGACAUCCCAAUCAUCAUUCACCAAAGUUGGUCUACCGCCCCCACAACGUCAACGAACUCGUCCGCAUACUGCUGAGGCGAUGUGCCAUGAAGACCUAUUUAGCAGGCGAUCAAGCAAUGUCCCAUUCAUCCCUCUAUCGCCGCCGCCGCGCCCAAAGUAUGCAAUUGCAAUUCGAACACCAUCGCUCGUGAGCGACAUGGCGGUACCGCAGCGAUCCGUAAUUAGGAAGCCUUCCUUCCUGGACAUUACAGAUGACGUCCAUUGCUGUGAAGGCAGCUUCCUGGAUUUUGACAGCGGAAAAGAAUCUUUUGAUCUCUCCUCCGACUGACUUCAACUGAUGUUGAAGAAGAUGGGGAUUCUAUCCCCAUUUGAUAUAGCCUUUUUUUUCGAUAGACACGUUCUUUUAAAUUGAACAAUUAUUCGGUCUAUUAUUCUUACGUUACUUACCCUACUGCUCGAAUAUUAAUAUACUGACACCUUCAACCCAUUGUCUUAGUAGUUUAAGCCGUCCUACAUCUUUGCCGCUCCCUAUCAACCACUUAUAUCAAUGGUCGCUGUGCUACCGUCAUUUGCUAGGCAUGUGUUUCGCUUUUUAGAGCGGCAAAAGUAUUCGACCAGAGUACAUUAUGUGGUGCGUUUGGUUCGCAGAUCCUCCCGGCAAUUCCACAACCAAGUAAAUUAGAAGAAAACUACUUAAGUGAUACAUCAUAUU